UCUCUCUUCUACUCCCCGCUCAGGAGAACCGCCUUUAUUCGCCGCGGCGCGGUCACUGUGCGCGUGUCAGUCCGCUGUUAGCUUGUUGCUUAGCCGCUAGCUGUUCGCGGUUGUUUUCAUGUUUUGGGGAGAACUUGAAGUUCUGAUUGAGGAAUGACCUCCGUAUGAUUCAGAGAGCUCUCUUUCCGAAUCUUCAUGUUCUCUCUUAAGAUGUGAGUUCCGCCUGCUUCAGGUAAAUUGUUCCUCAGAGAGUUUAGAAAAGCUCCACGAGUCAAAGGAACUGCUCGGUUCUUCAGUGAAGGGGGUCCUUUGGGUGCAGAUGGAGAACUACAGUAAAGCUCGCACUGUGGAGUCUGCGUGCGAGUGUCCGUUCUCUGGCAUACCUGCCGACACGCCACAGAUCCUGGUCAAAGAUGGCAGUAAGAUCCGGAACCUGCUGCGCUUUGCUCUGAGCCGCAUGGAGGCGAAGCCCCGCCCCCCGGAGGAGGAGGGGGAGGAGGCCAGCCGGCAGCUGGUGUUCACGGCUAGCGGGAAGGGCGUGGCGAAAGCCAUCACCUGCGUGGAGAUGGUGAAGCGGCGUGUGAAGGGUCUGCACCAGCUGACUCGCCUAGCGUACCGCACCGUCGUGGAGGUGUGGGAGCCGCUGGAACCCGACGCCGGCCUCGACAGCCUCACGGUCAACAGGAACCUGCCUGCCAUCUGGAUCCUGCUAACCACCGCGCCGCUGGACCCCGAGCAGCCCGGGUACCAGCCUGCCGGCCGCUACGACACCCUGUGGGCUCUGGGUGCCAGCAGGGAGGUGGGUGGGGCUUCCAGCGGACCCAGACCGGCCCACCGCAGGAAGAGGGGAGGGGGAGGGGGAGGGGGAGGGGGAGGCGGGGCGGGCUCAGCCAGGGGGAGGACAGGGGGCCGGAACACUGGGAGGACCAGGGAGGCUCCCAAAGGACCGAGCUGACACCAUGUUCAAACCCAGUGGACUGGAUGAUGUCCAGCAGUGGACUGCCCUGCUGACUCACAAACACACUUAAACAGACACACACACACUUAUGAGACUUUGAACUUAUCAGCCAAUCACAGUUUGUGUUGGUCUUUCAGAGGAUCUUCCUCCUUCAGUCUGAUUUCAUUUUUACAAAAGAAUUAAAGUUUCUGAAGAACACA